CGGACACUGAGGAAGUCAUGAUCAGUGUUUUAAUGUGAGCGAGUGUGACAGUUAGUUGGAUUUGUGAAUAAACGCUUCGAAAUGAAGCUCUAUUGCCCUCUGAUCUCUGGGCUCCUUUUGUCCUUCAUUUUCUUCAGAGAUUCAAGUGAGGAUCUGUCUGUGAUUCAGAGUCCAUCCAGCAUCACUGUAGAUGAAGGACAAUCUGCUCAAAUCAACUGCUGCUGGAAUGAAACCAUACAGAAUGCUAAAGUUGCUUGGUACAUCAAAGAUACAAAACAAAAGCAGGAUCCCCAAGAACACACAACACAGAACUGUACAGCUCUGAACCUCACAAACAUACUUAAAAAUGCUUCAGGUCAUUAUGUUUGUGAAUUGACUCAAGAUAUACCAAUCCUGCAUAGGAAGAAUGGUAGUGGAACAGUCAUAACUGUCAAUGGCAUACUAGCAGAAACGACAACAACUGUCAAUGUUCACACACUUUCAAACCCGGCAGGGGUAAAACCAGAUGUCCAGACAAAUCCAGAAGGUAGUUCGCGGGAUGUAGUACUCAUAUAUAUUUUCAGAAGUCUGCCCUUCAUCUGUCUGCUGGUGGCGUUCUUUUACCUAAACAGGGACAAAAAACAAGUCACUGCGUCAAGACCAGCUGUUUGGACUCUCAUUCUGACGGCACCCAUUCACUGCAGGGGAUCCACUGGUGAGCAAUCACUACGUCUUAGAUGGCUUGUGGUGGAGCAUGCUGUAGAGUCAGGAGAAAGACCAGAUGAAGACCUGGAAGCUGGAGAUACACAGAGGAGUGAAACUGAAGAGGCUAAACGAAGUGAGAAUGUUCCUGAACAAGAGAAAAAGAUGGUUGUUAACAACCAGAAACCUGAGGUUACUGCUACAACAGAAGAAGAAAAAGAUGAAGAAAAACAGAUUGAUGUAGUUGUAGACACUGAACGAGGCACAUCUCCAGUGCAUGAUGAUGAAAAAAACAAGAUUGAAUCUGUUGUGAACACUGAUAAGAAGACACAUCUAAUGACUGAUGCUGAAGAAGUGACUGUUUCUGUUCUGGGCGGCAUUGUUUCAGCUCUGUGACACACACACAGGAAAUGGUGUUAUGGGUGUGUUGUUCAGGCCUAUGAUGCCACUUCCUGCGUAAUUGCCUGUUUACAGACUCAUAAUGGAUUUGCAAUGAUUUACACUGAAUUCUGAAAGUAGAUGAAAUACUGUAUAAUAUGUAUUGUGCGUGCAUGAAUCUUUUUGUCUGAUUGUAUGUAUUGUGGGAUUGUGUAUAUGAUUGUUUAUCUGUGUCUUUGGUAAAUCGAAAGCGAGAUCAGUGUUGUGGUUUAGGCUUCACUGUGACAAAAUUAGUUGCGUUGGGAGGGGGUGAAAUUCUGCGAGUACGAGAGUGUCAUGCGUGUGAAAGGUUGUGAUGUGGGAGGAAAGUAGAGUCCAGAUUCUCUACAGAUGCUCAGAAAUGAAGUGUUCCUCCAGACUCCUGUGUGGACUCCUCGUGUCAUGCCUUUGUUUCAGAGUUUCAAGUGAGGAUCUGUCUGUGAUUCAGAGUCCAUCCAGCAUCACUGUGAAUGAAGGACAAUCUGCUCGAAUCAGCUGCUGCUGGAAUGAAACCAUACAGAAUGUUAAAGUUGCUUGGUACAUCAAAGAUACAAAACAAAAGCAGGAUCCCAAAGAACAUACAACACAGAACUGUACAGCUCUGAACCUCACAAACAUACUUAAAAAUGCUUCAGGUCAUUAUGUUUGUGAAGUGACUCAAGAUAUACCAAUCCUGCAUAGCAAGAAUGGUAGUGGAACAGUCAUAACUGUCAAUGACAAUCUAGUAGAAACGACAUAUUUCAAUGGCAUACUAGAUAACAAAACGG